AUGAGGGAAGAAACAAGUAUCAUCCUUUUCGGACUCACUGGGCAGGGAAAGUCCUCUAUUGCUAACAUGCUGAUUAAAGGUGACAUUAAAAAUGAUAAUUCGUUUAACAUUAAUGACGCUGUGAAGGGUGCUGGUGUUCAAAUACAAGGUUACCAAAAUGUAAACUUUAUAGUUUAUGACACGGUUGGAGUAGGUGAACCAAGUACUGGAACUGUUCCGCAUAUGAAGGCUGUCAAAGAAAUAAGAAAUUAUUUUUCUAAAUGUGAGGUACCACUCAACUAUAUAGCAUUCGUUAAAAAGAAAGGUAGAUUUACUGAAGAAGAUCGUAAAAUGUUUAAUUUAUUUAAAGAGAUAUUCGAAGGGAGUGAGAAUAAUUUCAUUAUUAUUAUUACUCAUAGUAGUAAGUUCUGGGUCGACGAAAACAUAGUAGAUUUAAGGAAUAAUUUUGGAAAUUAUCCGAUUAUUCCGGUCGAUUUUCCCUUUGAAGAUCCUCCUGAAGAUGAUGAUGAUGUUAUUAUUCAUCAAAGAAAAAGAGCACAAAGUGACAUUUAUCAUAAAAAAGACAAUUCGUUUAAAAUCAAUAACACUGUGAUUGGUGAGAGUUUGCAAACACAAUUAUGCGAAACCGACAAAUUUAUAGUAUAUGAUACUAUUGGAGUAGGUGAACCAAGUACUGGAGCUGUUCCGCAUAAGGAGGCUGUCAAAAAAAUAAGAAAUAAUUUUUCUAAAUGUGAGACGCCACUCAACUAUAUAGCUUUCGUUAAAAAGAAAAGUAGAUUUACUGAAGAAGAUCGUAAAAUGUUUAAUUUAUUUAAAGAGAUAUUCGAAGGGGGUGAGAAUAAUUUCAUUAUUAUUAUUACUCAUAGUGGUAAGUUCUGGGUCGACGAAAACAUAGUAGAUUUAAGGAAUAAUUUUGGAGAUUAUCCGAUUAUUCCGGUCGAUUUUCCCUUUGAAGAUCCUCCUGAAGAUGAUGAUGAUGUUAUUAUUCAUCAAAGAAAAAGAGCACAAA